AUGACAACACCUUCGGUAACCGCUUUACAGAUCGAGGACUACCAAUUCCCUCCCACUGUCAAACCACCGGGAUCCGACAACAGCUUCUUCCUCGCCGGUGCAGGAGAGAGGGGUCUCCAAAUCCAAGACAAAUUCGUCAAGUUCACCGCUAUUGCUGUUUAUUUGCAGGGUAUCGCUGUUCCCUUCCUCGCCGAGAAAUGGAAGGGGAAGGAUGUUCAUGAGUUGAUGGAAACUGUUCCCUUUUUCAGGGACAUCGUUACAGGUCCAUUUGAGAAAUUUAUGCAGGUGACAAUGAUCUUGCCGUUGACGGGGCAACAAUACUCCGAGAAAGUUUCAGAAAAUUGUGUAGCAAUUUGGAAGUCUCUUGGAAUAUACACGGAAGAAGAAGGCAAAGCAAUAGAGAAAUUUGUUUCUAUUUUCAAAGAUGAAACAUUCCCACCUGGCUCCUCUAUUCUCUUCACAGUAUCACCCAAAGGAUCUGGAUCAUUAUCGAUAAGUUUCUCUAAAGAUGGAUCCAUUCCAGAAGUUGAGUCUGCACUUAUAGAGAAUAAACUACUUUCACAAGCCGUGCUUGAGUCGAUGAUAGGCGAACAUGGCGUUUCCCCUGCAGCAAAACAGAGUUUGGCUUCCAGAUUAUCUGAGUUAUUCAAAGAAGCUGGCAAUGCUAAUAACUGA